AUGGCUAGCGGGGCGGAAGCGGCAGAAGAGCGACCUCCCGGUAUUCGCGCCAGGAGGGGAAGGAGCCCAGUGGAGGGGUCGUGCCGGUGGCUGCUGCGGCUCAUCGCGGACUGCCUCCGAGACGAGGGGGCGGUGGAGGCGGCGGGGGCGGACGCUGCUGAGGGGUGGGGCUGUACGCCGCUGCGCAUCCUGACCCGCCUGUGGAGCCGUCACCAUAUGGAGGUGGAGCCGUCGCGGCUGAUGGCCGUGCUCGACACGGGCGUGCUGUCUGGGGUGCUGGAGCGGCGCGACGGCCGCUACAGGGUGGCAGCCAUCGAGAGGCAGGAGCGGUGCGGCCGGAGACACAGGGCCGGAGAAUGCGCGGGCGCGGAGCCGGCGGCUGGACAGCGUCCCGAGAGCCCCUGCGCCAUCUGCCUGGAGGCGGCGGGGGCGGCUGGGGGCGGCCGCCGUGCAGUGCUGAGGUGCGGCCACGCCUUCCACCACAAGUGCGUGGCCCGCUGGUUCCGCGUGCAGCCCACCUGUCCUCUGUGCAGGCGAUACGCCGCCCUCUGGUAG